AUGGACCUGGGACCCUGUGGCUUCCUACUGUUUCUGGCUCUUCCUGGGUGUGGCCAGCCCAAGGUUUCAGGUGCAGGGAGCAAAAUCGUGGGAGGCCAUGCUGCCCCAGCUGGUGCCUGGCCAUGGCAGGCCAGCCUCCGUCUACAAAAGGUGCAUGUGUGUGGAGGGUCCCUGCUCAACCCAGAAUGGGUGCUCACUGCUGCACACUGCUUCUCUGGGUCCUUGAAUUCAUCAGAUUACCAGGUGCACCUGGGAGAGCUGACCAUCACCCUUUCUCCUAAUUUCUCCACUGUGAAGCAGAUCAUCCUGUACUCCAACCCCCCAGGACCACCAGGGUCCAGUGGGGACAUUGCCCUGGUGCAGCUGGGCACCCCUGUGGUCCUCUCCAACUGGGUUUGGCCUGUGUGCCUCCCAGAAGCCUCAGCUAACUUCCACCCUGGGAUGCAGUGCUGGGUGACAGGCUGGGGCCACACGAGGGAGGGAGAGCCUCUGAAACCUCCAUACAACCUGCAGGAAGCAGAAGUCUCCGUGGUAGAUACAGAGACCUGCAGUCAGGCCUACACCAGUUCCAACGGCAGUAUCAUCCAGCCAGACAUGCUGUGUGCCAGGGGCCCUGGGGAUGCCUGCCAGGAUGACUCUGGUGGGCCACUGGUCUGCCAGGCGGCUGGGUCCUGGCAGCAGGCUGGUGUUGUUAGCUGGGGUGAGGGUUGUGGCCGCCCUGACCGGCCUGGUGUCUAUGCUCGGGUCACUGUCUACGUAAACUGGAUCCACCACCACAUCCCGGAAUUAGGGAACUCAGGAAUGCAGGCACUCCCCUGUAUUCCCCUCCUGGCUGGCCUCUUCCUGCCUGGCUUCCUCUUGCUGUUGGUCUCUGGAGUCCUGGUGGCCAAGUGUUGGCUGGGUAGAGCCUGA